CACGGCGGGUGUCACUGCCCUGAACGCAGGCGUUCCGAUGAGCGGGCAGCGAUCACAACAACAAAGGACUUCCGCCCGUGCCCAAAAUGGCGUUUGGGCGGCCUCCCUAAUUUCUACGGGGCUUGCGGCGUCUGACGUAGAAGCUGGCAGGGGGUGGAGCGGUUAAUAAACAGCAAAUGCAGGCGCUGCUGAGCGGGAGUCAGCCAUGGACUGGAAGGAAGUGCUGCGCCGGCGGUUAGCGACGCCCAACGCCGCUCCGGAGAAAAAAAAAAGUGAACAAGAAUUAAAAGAUGAAGAAAUGGGUUUAUUUACCAAAUACUACUCAGAAUGGAAAGGAGGUAGAAGAAACACAAAUGAAUUCUAUAAGACCAUUCCUCGAUUUUAUUACAGGUUGCCAGCUGAAGAUGAAGUCUUACUACAGAAAUUAAGAGAGGAAUCCAGAGCUGUCUUUCUACAAAGGAAAAGCAGAGAACUCUUAGAUAAUGAAGAAUUACAGAAUUUAUGGUUUUUGCUGGAUAAACACCAGACACCACCUAUGAUUGGAGAGGAAGCAAUGAUCAAUUAUGAAAAUUUCUUGAAGGUUGGUGAAAAGGCUGGACCAAAGUGCAAGCAGUUUUUCACCGCAAAAGUUUUUGCUAAACUCCUUCAUACAGAUUCAUACGGAAGAAUUUCCAUCAUGCAGUUCUUUAACUAUGUCAUGAGAAAAGUUUGGCUUCAUCAAACAAGAAUAGGACUCAGUUUAUAUGAUGUCGCUGGGCAAGGAUACCUUCGAGAAUCUGAUUUAGAAAACUACAUAUUGGAACUUAUCCCUACUUUGCCACAAUUAGAUGGACUAGAAAAAUCUUUUUACUCCUUUUAUGUUUGUACAGCAGUUAGGAAGUUCUUCUUCUUUUUGGACCCUCUAAGAACAGGGAAGAUAAAAAUUCAAGACAUUUUAGCAUGCAGCUUCCUAGAUGAUUUACUGGAGCUCAGGGAUGAGGAACUGUCCAAAGAGAGUCAAGAAACAAAUUGGUUUUCUGCUCCUUCUGCACUAAGGGUUUAUGGUCAGUAUUUGAAUCUCGAUAAGGAUCAUAAUGGCAUGCUGAGUAAAGAAGAACUCUCCCGCUAUGGAACAGCAACCAUGACCAAUGUCUUCUUAGAUCGUGUGUUCCAGGAAUGUCUCACUUAUGAUGGAGAAAUGGACUAUAAGACCUACUUGGACUUUGUUCUUGCCUUAGAAAACAGAAAGGAACCUGCUGCCCUGCAAUAUAUUUUCAAACUGCUUGAUAUUGAGAACAAGGGAUAUCUGAAUGUCUUUUCCCUUAAUUAUUUCUUUAGGGAUGAAAUCUUUGACAUGGUAAAACCAAAGGAUCCUUUGAAAAUCUCUCUUCAGGAUUUAAUCAACAGUAAUCAAGGAGACACGGUCACUACCAUUCUAAUUGAUCUGAAUGGCUUCUGGACUUACGAGAACAGAGAAGCCCUUGUUGCAAAUGACAGUGAAAACUCUGCAGACCUUGAUGAUACAUGAUCUCUGAAGGACUAGACUUGAUUCAUUAAGAUGCUUGAAUACUGCAUGUUAAACCUUUGAAGCAGAGUCCUUAGAAAUGAUCUAAAUAAAACAAUUCAUAUGUCUAAAGAACACAGCAAAUGUUUUGGUUACUGGAAAUUUGGUUGCACUAGUUUGGAAACAGCAGGACCAAAUACGGCUUUUUCUGAGGUAGUAAGUUCUGGUUCCAUUUACCUCAAAAACGGCAAUUGUGAUUUAAUGUAGGUACAGGGUAUUCAGUUUAUAUAGUAUUUAGAGAUAAAGGCAAUUUUCAUGUAACAUUUCUGACAUUCAGACUUAGAACAUUUGAGGGAUGGUUUAAAUUAUUAAUGUAAUCAUUUAACCUUCAGUCUUCUAAAACGUGUAUAUCAAAGGAUAUUAGGCUUUUCCAUUAAAUUACAAUCAUGUCAUUUAUGGAUUAGAAGUGUUUGAGCAUGAUCUUUCUUUUAUACUAGGUUUCCAUAAAAAGUAUUCUAAUAUCUUUCUUUCAUUAAAAUCUCUGGUAUAAAAACUGCCUAGCUGAGUGCCAAAGGCUCAUGCCUAGUUACUCAGGAGGCAGAGACCAGGAGCAUCUUGGUUUGAGGCCAGCCGGUACAAAUAGUUUUAGAGACCGUAUCUCAAAAA